AUGGAGACAGCCUUGUUGGGUGUCGACGGAGAAAGCAGUGGAAGUCCAAGAAGAGACCGUAAGCACAUAUUUAACCGCAGAUCAGAUGCUAUUGCUUAUGGGUCUACUUAUCAGAAGGCUGCCGCUUUGGUUGAUCUUGCUGAAGAUGGCGUUGGCAUCCCAGAGGAAAUUCUUGAUGAGUCGAGUUUUGGAAGCUCCUUGAAGUCGUACUUCAUAUUUAUUCAAUUUGAUAUCAUUUGGUCCCUUAACUACUUUGCUCUAAUUGUUCUAAAUUUCCUUGAGAAACCUCUGUGGUGUUCCGGGAAUUGCAGUAAUAGGGGGUACUACUUUCUAGGCGAGGUUCCAUAUUUGACCGGUACUGAAAGUCUCAUAUACGAGGGCAUAACUCUUUUGAUUCUCAUUAUGCAUAUACUUUUUCCAAUAUCGUAUGAAGGGUUUGGUAUCUAUUGGAAAAAUCUUCUUAAUAGACUUAAGGUACUUUUGUUUCUAAUAUUGGUUGCCGACUUGUUAGUCUACAUUAUAUAUCUGUCUCCAGUGGCGUUCUAUACUCUUCCUCUUAGGAUUGCACCCUAUAUCCGAGUUGCUUUGUUCAUCCUCAACAUCAGGGAAUUACGAGAUUGCACCGUUGUCCUGGCUGGAAUGCUUCCCACGUACUCUAAUAUCCUGGCUUUGUGGCUUUUAUUUCUUCUAUUCUCUAGCUGGUUGGCAUUUGUCAUCUUUGAAGACACCAAGCAGGGGAAGACUGUAUUUACUUCGUAUGGCACAACUCUAUUCCAGAUGUUUGUUCUAUUUACUACUUCCAACAAUCCAGAUGUCUGGAUUCCCGCAUACAAGUCCUCACGCUGGUCAUGCCUAUUUUUCGUUCUCUACGUCCUGUUGGGUGUUUACUUUGUCACCAAUUUGAUCCUUGCCGUUGUAUACAAUAGCUUUAAGAGUGAGCUUGUUAAACAAGUGGCUGAGAAGGAUCGUGUGAGAAUGAGGAUACUAAAGAAAGCAUUUAAUUUGAUCGAUAACAAUGAUCUUGGUUACCUGAACAAAGAUCAAUGCAUUCGUCUUUUUGAAGAACUGAACAAAUAUAGGACAUUGCCCAAAAUAUCCAGAGAAGAUUUUGAACUGAUAUUUGACGAGUUGGAUGACAGUCAUGACUUCAAGAUUAAUUUGGAUGAAUUUGCUGAUCUGGUCAAUGCCAUUGCACUAAGAUUUCAGAAGGAGGAGACAUUACCUAUUUUUGAAAGCUGUCCAACUUUCUACCACUCACCUGCCUCUGAGAAGCUGAAAGACUUUGUUCGAAGCCCCAAAUUUGGGUACAUAGUAGUGUUCAUCCUCGUCUUGAAUUUUGUGGCCGUCGUUAUUGAGACAACGCUUGAUAUUGAGAAUAAUUCUGCCCAAGAGGCUUGGCAAAAGGUGGAGUUCGUAUUUGGAUGGCUGUAUGUCCUGGAGAUGGCACUGAAGAUCUAUGCAUAUGGGUUUGAGAACUAUUGGAGGGAUGGUCAAAAUCGUUUUGAUUUUAUAGUCACCUGGGUAAUAGUUAUUGGAGAAACGACAACGUUUAUGUCCCCACAUGGGCUGACUUUCCUUUCCAACGGAGAAUGGAUUCGAUAUCUUCUUAUAGCAAGAAUGUUAAGAUUGAUUAGACUCUUAAUGCGUGUUGAAAGUUAUCGGGCUUUUGUUACUACAUUUUUGGCCCUAAUACCAAGUCUAAUGCCAUAUCUGGGGAUCAUAUUCAGUGUCUUGUGCAUUUAUUGCUCUAUUGGUGUACAGGUUUUUGGUGGAAUUGUCAAUGCCGGGAAUCCGAAUCUUGAAGGAACUGAUCUUUCUGAUGAUGACUACUUACUUUUCAACUUCAAUGACUACCCCAAUGGGAUGGUGACACUUUUCAAUUUACUAGUGAUGGGAAACUGGCAAGUCUGGAUGCAGAGCUACAAGGAUUUAACUGGAACAGCUUGGACUUAUGCUUACUUUGUCAGCUUCUAUCUUAUUUCAGUCUUGCUGCUUUUGAAUUUGGUGGUGGCAUUUGUCUUGGAGGCUUUCUUUGCUGAAAUGGAGCUUGAAACGUCUGAGAACUCCGAAGAUGGGGAGGGCAAGGAAGAAAGGGGAAAGGAUCGAAGACGUUAUGUUGGCACCAAAUCAAGAAGUCAGAGAGUUGAUAUCCUUCUCCACCAUAUGUUGAGUGCCGAGCUGGAUAAAACAGAGUCGUCCACAGAAUCCACUGCAUAA